CAACGGAGCCUUUGAACAGCCGCCUGCACAUAAAGCAGCAAGUUUAUAACUGUUCCAUUUUACAUGACUAAAGGUCGUGUCGUAGUUCGAUAAUCUCCGACCAGCCGUGACACUGCGACAGUAACACUACCACGAGUGGGUUUCUUUGACACAGUAAGGUCCAGCGUUUUCUGUGAUUUAAGAUUGUGCAGUUUGAUCUCAUACCAUCUCCUGGCUGUGGUGUUUUCUCCUCCAGAGAAUAUGUCGCUGUCUGGCUGGGUGUGUGUGGUCACAGGUGCCUCCAGAGGCAUCGGCAAGGGAAUAGCUCUCCAGCUGUCGGAGGCAGGAGCCACCGUUUACAUCACAGGACGGCAGGAGAAGACUCUGAAACAAACUGCUGCUCAGGUGAAGGAGAGGGGUGGGAACUGUGUGCCAGUUGUCUGUGAUUCUACCAAACCUGAAGACAUUGAAGAACUGUUUAAACGGAUCCAACAGGACCAAAAUGGCAGGCUAGAUAUCCUAGUUAACAACGCUUAUGCUGGAGUACAGAUUAUCAUGGAGAGUAUGGGAAAGAAGUUCUGGGAAAGUGAUCCAUCAAUGUGGGAUUGCAUCAACAACACAGGCCUAAGGGGCCACUAUUUCUUCUCAGUCUAUGCAUCUCGACUGAUGGUGGCUCAAGGUCGAGGUUUGAUAGUCACCAUUUCAUCUAUGGGAGGGCUGCGGUAUUUGUUCAAUGUGCCAUAUGGUGUUGGUAAAGCUGCUUGUGAUAGGCUAGCAGCAGACAUGGCUGUUGAUCUGAAAAGUAGAGGAGUGGCUUCUGUCAGCCUGUGGCCAGGAGCAGUACAAACCGAGCUAAUUUCCCAGUACGUACUGGAGGAUACGCCACAAAAUAUAAAUUCUGAGAUAAAAGACGUAUUUGCCAGUGGAGAAACCACAGAAAUGAGUGGGAAGUGUGUCGUCAACCUGGCAAAAGAUAAAAAUCUGAUGUCGCUGACUGGAAAAGUUCUCAUGACUUCUGACCUGGCAAGGCGCUAUGGGUUACGAGAUAUUGAUGGUCGAAGUGUAACUGAUUACACUUCCCUGAAAUUCCUCCUGACGAGGGUCCCUUAUCUCUCCUGGCUCUCCCCUGUUGUCCCCUCGUUCCUACGCCUGCCACGCUUUGUGCUCACACUGGCAACUAACCGGUUCUAAGCAUUUCCUUCAUUAAUAUGGAAAUGGCUGUAUAACUCUAUACUCAUCUAUUCCUACAUUCCUACAAUGACGAUGUUAACUAGCAUAUUUUCUUUAUUAUGUGUACCUAUACUACCUUCAGCUGUGAGUGAAGCCUCAGUAAGAGCGAUACAUAAAAUAUUUAAAACUACAACAGUUAGCAUUCAAAACAGGUAACCCAUAUCGGUCGCAAACAUCUACCUUCAAAUUUAACCAUCUCCAUUGAAGACCCUUGUUUUGUUUCUCCUCUAAUAGAGAUAUUUCUGGAGGUGUAGCAAUUCUUUUUAGGUUCAGUAACAUUUUCAGUAUUCCAAACCCAUAGCUGCAGCUUGCUCUGUUUGACUCUUCCAGCUGUCAAAUUGCUACGAGCUGCAGAACUGGGUGCAAGUUAAAAAUAUAAACUUUGAGUAUACUGGUUGCACCAUUGUUAACAGAAAAGCCAAUAAUUCAAAUGUUAAUCUCUGACAACAAAUCAUGGUCAUUUUAUGACUUCUUACACUACAUUUCUCACAUAAUGUAAAGUGUGAAUUAAUAACAUUUUCUUUUUUAAGCAGUACACAAAAUGAAUAACAUCUAAAGAUUUGCUGCUCAACUUUGCCCACCUACGCGUGGCCUUAUCAAAUUUAAGUCACGGUUGCUUGCCCAUGCAGUUGACCAUCCAUUAAACGUAAUCACAUGGAUUUAUGCUCCUUGUAAUCCACUGCACCUACGACUUUCAAAUGUAGUCUGGUGUUGCCACCCCUAAAGCACUCUCAAUCCAAUCCUUACAGUUGAACAAGGUGCCAAGUGCUAUCAGAGUUGGGUCCACUCGUUCUACCUCCAGUAAACUCUUUGAAGACAUAUCUCUUCCUUGAGCAUCUCCUCUGUUGGCACUUGAGUGCCUUUCUGUAACACAUUACUUCAAGCUUGCCUACUGUACCAAGGCUGUAAUGUUUAUGAUAGUAUAAAGGAAAAUGUACACAUUUUACAUAAAACAUGUAUUUUUGCACCUAUUAUAUAACAAUUUACUUUAAUUAUUACCAUUUAAUGCACUACAGUAUUUACCAGCUGUUAUAAUGAGAUAAUAUUAACUCACCUCUGUUUCCUUAUUUUUUAAGCAAUAGGUAUUAAAAUACAUGUACUUCACACUUUUUCACUAUUUUAUACACAAAAGAAUGGAACUCUACACACAAUUCCGAAAACCUGGAGAUCAUGUGUCAACAACAAAGACUGUGAGCACAAUUCUAUCGGUCACUCAAAUAUUCCUCUAAAUCAGUUUUGCAAAUCUAUGAACACAAUAUGCAUCAUUUAGCUCACUUUGUUCACCUAGAAACACUGACCUUCAAAAUGCACCACCCUGAAUAAUAACUAGCACCUGUACAAACUCAAUUUUGUUUGCAGUGCCUCUCGUUGUGCUCAUUUUUAUGUGGAAGCAACAUUUCACCUAAAAGAAAAAAAGGGAAACUUCUUUCCACACUUGUAUGCGUUUCAAUAAUGUAAUAUUGGUGUCAUGAAGCCAAAGCAUACAUGAACACUUUUGAGGGUCAUGUUCUGAGUUUAUUCGAUGCAUAAGCAUAUAUUACCUGUGUGUUUUGGUGUAUGGAAUCCGGAGGUUUUUGUUGUUUUAUUUGAGAGGGAGAGAACAUGGUUUUAAUUGUUGUUUCAUUUUGCAAGACAUUUGCUGAGUUUUAACAAAACAGAUUGUUUUUAAAUGUCUGGGGGAAAACUAACAUGGUGCAGUAAUCAUUUGGGGAGUAAUAUCUAUGUUGAGUCUCUAUCUUUCUUUAUGCAAGAGGUGUUGCCAAAAAAGUGAACUUUUUUUGUUUCUUCUAGAGAUCCUGAACCACAAUUUCUGAAAAUGGGUUUGUGAAAACUUGUAAUAAAGAGAGUGAAUGCUCUGUAACAUGAUUUAUAUCAACAAUA